CGUCAGGGCGGUUCCGCUUCCGUCGGCCGCGGAGGAAGAGAUGGUGGAGGAAGGAGGCGGCGGCGGCGCCAUGAGUUUUCUCAAGCGGUUCCCGCCGCCGGCCGAGGGCGUUCGCCACCAGCAGCCUGACACGGAGGCGGUGCUGGCGGGGCGCACCCUGGGUGCCGGUACGCUUUACAUCGCCGAGAGUCGCCUGUCUUGGCUGGAAAACUCCGGAGUUGGCUUCUCCUUGGAUUAUCCCACCAUAAGUUUACAUGCCGUCUCCAGGGACCUGAAUGCCUACCCAUGGGAGCACUUGUACGUCAUGGUGAAUGCCAAAUUCGAAGAGGAGGAGACAAAAGAGGCUCCCAUGGCUGAAGGGGAGGAGGAGGAGGAAGACAGCGAUGACGAUGUUGAACCAAUCGCAGAAUUCAGAUUUGUACCUAGCGACAAAUCAGCAUUGGAAGCCAUGUUUUCAGCAAUGUGCGAAUGCCAAGCUCUGCACCCAGACCCAGACGAUGAAGAUUCAGACAACGAUUACGAAGGGGAGGAGUACGAUGUUGAGGCCCAUGAGCUAGAACAAGGUGACAUCCCGACCUUUUACACUUACGAAGAAGGAUUGUCACAUCUAACUGCGGAAGGUCAGGCCACUCUGGAGAGGUUAGAAGGCAUGUUAGCCCAGUCUGUCAGCAGUCAGUACAACAUGGCUGGAGUGAGAACAGAAGACUCAAUAAGGGAGUUUGAAGAUGGGAUGGAGGUGGACAUAGCACCAGUAGUUGCGGGGCAGUUUGAAGACGCUGAAGUCGAUCAUUGAGGAGGGCGUAUGCUGCUGAAAAAGGAAGAAUGUUAUCAGUUUGCCUAAAUUAGCAUUGCUUUGCCUAAAUUUGCGCUGGUGGCCUAGCCCUUUGGUCCUGAGUGAGCAAGAAAGAUCCGUUCCUCUUAAAGAAGACGUGCUCAAGUUCUUUAUAAACAGUUAAUGAAGAGGUACAGAAGAUUUCCUGAGAAUGAUUCAGCACAGCUCAAUUAAGCAUCUGCCUGUCUUCAAAGCCUGUAGAGAACUUGGCCUGCUGGAGGCCACUAGCCAUAACACCUAAUUUGGAAGUCACUCUUCCUACUGCUGCGUGUAUGAAGCACGGUUUCUCAAACUGGAGGUGGAACAGACGUGGCUAAGGCUAUGCCACAAGACCCGUGGCAGUGACUACAUCACAGAAAGAAAUUAAUAGCAGCACACUACUCCCACACUUGUUGUAUAAUAGCUCAGUGACAGGAAUCUUGGGGUUUACGCCCUCCUCUACUUCAGGAGGCUUCAACUCACAUUUAGGAGUGCACAGUAAACACUGGGCUCAUGACGACUGCAGGGGAAGGACUGCACUUUUCACCUCUCCUUUCAAAACUCAGAGUACAGCAAAGAGUGCAAACCUUAGGAAGCUCGGAACAGAGUGAACAAGAAAGAAUUAGAUUUUCCAUUAAGGAGGGGACAAAACUAGGUUCAGGAUCUGCUUCCCGGAACGCACAGAUAUUUUUACAGUGGACUUGAUUCUAGAUUAAAAGAAACGGAAAGAAAAAUGUCCAGGUAGCACAGGGUAUUCUGUACACGAUACAGCACAAACUGUGCAUGUGAAAGAGGCCUGGGCACAGUAGGUUUGAUGCUUCCUAGAAGUACAUGCAAAUUGAUUGCACUGAAUGGUAGAAACAUGUUCAAGCUUAUGACAAGGAAGGGGACUCGGUACCCAGCCUUCUCCUGCUAGAAAAAGAUAUGAGACCAGCCUGGCCAAUGACACUGGGCAUGAAUUCUUUGUAUGAAGUAGCAAAGAAAAAGGCAAUGUGACACGUAUUAUUUUAUAUAACGAUUUACCAGGCAGGAAAGGAAUGUUAAGAAUCAGGAAUCCAGCUUGCUAUGCUUGUAGAAGAGGUAGGAUAAUCUUUGGCUACACUUCUAGUGAGCAAUUCAGAAACAUAUUUAAUGUGCUAAAAUGCAUUGACACCUUGCCUCUGCCUUCAAAUAUUAAUUUUAGAAAGUAGUUCAAAUUGCUAAGUUAAUUCUGAAAAUUCUCCAUGGACUUCUUUUAAUUUUUC